AUGUCGUACAGUGAUCUAAAAGACAAGACAUUCCUGAUCACGGGCGCCGCGUCAGGCAUGGGCCGCAAGACGGCCAACCUACUCGCGAAACAAGGCGCGAACCUGGCGCUGCUAGACCUGCGCAAACCCGACGACACGCUGGCCGAAGUCGAGGCGCUGGGCGUCCGCGGACUCGCCCUGUCGGUCGACGUGCGGGACGCCGCGGGGGUGGAGAGCGCCAUCACCACGGCGCGAGAGCACUUCGGGGCCCUGCACGGGGCGGCCAACAUGGCCGGGAUCGUGGGGAACCAGGGCAUCAAGGGCAAGGGGCACGCGUUGGACGUCGUGCCCGACGAGGACUGGGACACCCUCAUGGGCGUGAAUCUCAACGGGGUCAAAAACUGUCUGCGGGUCGAGCUCAAGGUCCUCGAGGACGGGAGCUCCAUCGUCAACGCCGGCAGCAUCGCGGGUCAGCAGGCCUGGCCGUUCCUGGGGCCGUACUGCGUCAGCAAGGCCGGCGUGCUCAGCUUGAGCAGGAUCGCCGCGCAGGAAGCUGGGUCUCGAGGUAUUCGGGUCAAUGCGGUCGCGCCGGGCAUGAUCCGAACGCCUUUGACGCAGGCGAUAGGUACCGACCAGGAACUCUACGAUGCCAUGGGCGUGAGGACGGCGUUGAAGCGGAUCGGCGAGCCAGACGAAGUCGCCAGGUUGAUUGUCUUCCUCCUGAGUCAGGAAGCCAGCUAUAUAACAGGCACGGUCAUCAAUGUUGACGGUGGAUAUUCGUGA